AGCCGCGCGCAUCAGACUGCCGGCACAGUUGAAUUCAAACAAGCAAACUAUAAACUUCUCUUACCUCGCUAGUAAGCGAAACUCAUACGCGUUCUACGCAAUAACAAAAUACUUACAAGUUUAUUUGUGACAAGUGAAGAAAAAAAAAAAAAAACUAAGAUGGCAUUAGUACCAUUGUUGUUCUCAAACUGGUGGGAAGACUUGGAAGCUCCUCACCGUCUUCUGGACCAGGACUUUGGAUCAGCAUUGACAGCUGACCAAUUACUGACACCAUCUAUCCUGGAACGUUAUUUGGUACCACGUGCAUUAGAACGUCGUCGCAGUCCACUGGCAUACUACCGACCUUGGGCAGAACUUCUUCGUCGUGGCGAUACUGGAUCUUCAACCGUAAAAGCCGACAAGGACAGGUUCCAAGUCAUCCUAGAUGUCCAGCAGUUCAAGCCUGAGGAAAUAAACGUCAAGGUCGUUGACAAGUGCGUCGUCGUCGAGGCUAAACACGAGGAGAAACAGGACGAGCAUGGAUGGAUCUCCAGACAAUUUGUACGCAAGUACAUGAUUCCAGAGCAGUGCGACAUUGACCAAGUUAACUCCAGCUUGUCAUCUGAUGGAGUCUUGACCAUCACAGCUCCAAGAAAAGACGUUCCUAAAUUGGAGAAUGAACGUCAGAUCAAAAUAGAGCACACUGGUAAACCAGCUAUCCGUGAGUCCUGUGAGAAGGAAUCCUGCGCCAAAGACGUCUGCGCCAAGGAGUGCAAAAAAGACGACAAGAAAACCAAGAAAUAAAUUUUUUUGUCUAGUAUUUAUUUUUACUUCUUAAUUAUUAUUAUUAUUAUUAUUAAUUUAUAUUAUAUAUUUUUUUUUUAUUAUUAUUUUUUUUUUUUUUUUUAAAAUAAGAUUACUGACUGACUUGUACAGCGUAACUAUCAUACAUUUAAUUUCUAGUUCAUACAAAAAAAAAAAACUUUUGUACUUCGAGUCACUAAAUAUAUAAAUAAUUUGUUAAGAUUAAUGUAAAAUUUUGUUUGUUAUAAAAUAAAUAUGAAUAAAAAAAAAAAGAGAGAAA